CUUUCAGGCAUUGUUGCUGGUGAUGAGGGUUUUGGCUUACUGGCUUUGGGUUCUAAAGACGUUGGUUGACAUUUUGACUUGGGUAUGGGAGUUGGUGCUUGUGAUUUUUUCUUAGGGGCGGGCGGGAAGCCGGCAUAAACCUCCUUUCUUGAUUACUGCUUUUUAAUUGCGGGAAGACACGACAUACUGAGCGAGCGAGCGAGACGUUGAAAAACAUUCACCAUCAUGCAUCAUGUACUAUUUUAUGUUUCUUUGUUUGGUCUUUCUGGGGAGGUUGAGGCUUCGGGGGCGCAACAUGAAUGUUUUGGCACUGGGAUGGGGGUUAACAUGCUCAAUCGCUAUGAUGUCAGCUGUAACGAUAAAUGGCAAUUUUACGCAAUACCGUUACUAUUAUGAGGCGCGGUGCUGAAUAGAUAGGAUAAUAUGAAGUUGCUUCU